CCGAUCGUCGGCAGUGUAGUCUAUUCUGAUCGAUCGUGAACGAUUGAUCGUGCUGUGAAGUGCAACGCGUAAAGUGUUCGACAAAAUGCAAACAGGUGCGGUUGUGUUGUUUUGUGGCUGGUUGGUCGUCGGUUGCGUGAGCGGUGCACCACGCGUACAGCGAUCGACGGAUGAAGCGGCCUCAAGCUACUUCUACUUUAGCCGAUCGCCAGGACAUUCCAUUCAGCUGGGAGCACCGUUCGAUGGGCUGCCAGUGAUGAUUCCAAAGCACGUCGAGUCUUCAUACUUCCCUUCGGUACAGUUUGAUCACGGUGGUGGUGACAGUGAUGAGAGUCAGCAUGGGAAGGCGUUGUUCGAGAGUGGUGAGGAGGAGGAUGAUCACGCCCCGUACCGUGUAGUGGAGCAUGAUCAUGAGCAGGAAGGUGGAUCUUCGUACGAUGAGGAUCAUCAUGCGAAGAAGGGUGGAAAGACGGAAACGGGGUACGAUAAGAAGCAUGCACUGGAUCAUGCUAGCAAGGGAAGUUAUGGAAAGGAAGAUCAUAAGCAGCAGUAUGGACAUGGUGGAGAUCGAAAGCAUUCCCACCAUGAUGAGGCGUCACACUACAACGAUCACCAUGCGGAGGCAAAGCGUACCAAGGGUGGUAAACAUCACGAGAAAAAGCAUCACAAGAAGGGCUCGAAGACGACGGGCUACCAUAACGUAUAUCACAAGGAUGAGUUCAAGAAGGAGCACGUGUUCUACGACACCAGUGACCACACGGGCCAGUUCAAGAAGUAUGGCUCAUCGCACGAACAUCACGCGAACGAGGCCGGUCAGCAUGCGAAGGGUGGCCACGAGGAUCGAGCGCAUCAGGAAAGCUCACACAAGAAGGCUGGCAGCAAAAAGCACGGUUCGUACGACGAGCAUCACAAUGCGUUCCUGAAUGGGCACGGCGAGGAGGAGCAUCAUCAUGACGCUUCCGGGUACGACCAUAAGGGUGGCAAGACCGGCCAUGGUACACGUGGCUACAAGAUUAUUCACCCGUAAGCAGCCGAAACCGCGAAACAUUCUGCCAUUACGCGAAGUCUUCGAGAAGACGAGAAGAGGAAAAUGAAAUAAAGAAACGCGAUAACAACAAA